AUGUUCUUGGCCCUCGGGGUCAUUAUGUUUGCCAUCUACGGCACAUUAAACAAGCCUUGGGUUGGCCCAGCAUCCUCCUGGAGGCAGUCGCAAAGGAACCGCAGGCUCGACAUACUGCGGAUUGCAAUGAUCGCCCUUAUCGGUCUUUCAGUCGUCUUCGCUUUCGCUGCUGCUGUGUCGAAUUCGCAAAUGUUCGCAGCCGUCCAGCUCGCCACGAGCCACAACACCCAAGCGCCGGGGGUAUUCCAGGUGACAAAGGGGACUGCCGCGCUAGCGUUACAUUGGCUGGCGGUGAUUUCGACUCUCGGCUUCCUUAUCGGCAUUAUCCAGACACACGUCGAAAUCAGCGCCGUCAAGAUCAAGGUCAACCCCGACGAUACAGCGGGAACGACAGGCGGCAGCCAAUUCCAGGCGAACGGCAGCACGAUUGAGAGAGCUUCCCUCCUGAAGGAUGCAGAGCCUAUGGCAAUGAACCAAGCUGGCUUGGCCCCACAGGUUCCUAAUCCAAACACGAGCAAUCCGGGUGGACCGGCUGGAGGCAUGGGGGCACGGGGAGGAAUGAGAGGCGGCGCGAUGGGUGCUCGUGGAGGAAUGGCAGCACGAGGUCGGGGAGGCGCUGUGCCCCGAGGACGAGGAAUGUAA